GAAGAAGAGGAACAAAAAAAAGAAGAAGAAGAAGUAGAAGAAGAAGAGCCGACAUGGGGGCUGUUACUGAUGAUGAAGUUAUUCGGAAACGCCUUCUUAUCGACGGCGACGGAGCUGGAGACGACCGUAAAAUAAACGUGCUCCUGAAGAGUUUCAUCAAGUGGUGUAACUCGCCUACUAGCUCGGAAGAAGAAGGAUUCACGCAGUAUCAGAGGAUGCUGGGCUUCCUGAAUCAGUGUGAAAACUCCAUGGGUAAGACACUGAUGGUUUACGACAUGAACCUGCGGGAAAUGGAAAACUAUGAGAAAAUAUACACCAACAUAGAACAAAACAUCAUGUCUGCACAUGAGAAGAUAACAGAAUGUAAGAAAGAAAUCCUGAGGGCCAAGAGGAUACGAAAGAAUCGCCAAGAGUAUGAUGCUUUAGCCAAGGUUAUCCAGCAACAUCCAGACCGGCAUGAAACUCUCAAGCAGCUGGAGGCGCUUGACAAAGAACUCCAACAGCUGUCACACAUCAAGGAAAGUGUGGAUGCAAAGUUGGAGUUGAGAAAGAAGCAAUUCCACGUGCUCCUCAGUACCAUACAGGAGCUGCAGCAGACUCUGGAGAAUGAUGAGAAGUCAGAAAAUGAUGACAACAGUCAGGAGAGCCUGAUGGACAGCAGUGAAUGAACAUCUCAAAAUCCUGAACUAUAACAGUGAACUGCUUUUUCCUCAGAACACUUUUCUAUGUAUUUUUGAAUAAAGUUGACUUGAACAAGGUU